CGUAUGCCUCGUGUCACGACCAAUGUGAACGUGAAUAAUGCGACGCUGAGCAUGCGGGUCGUAUCGUAGAUCCCGGAUUCGGUUUCCUGCUUGACGGAAAUCUCAUCGCCCGACAGCCACAAGAUACUCUCUCUCUAGUUUCAAACUAGUGAGACGAAAUCCGUCUCACUUUCCUGCAAACUCUUGAUCAGACAAGGUGUGCUUCAUUAAAGAUCCAAAACAAAGUAGUUAGCGGACUUUGUUAGUCUACUCUUGUGCACAAAUUUCGUAACUUUCUACUGACACUGAUAGAAAGCUGUCAGUUCAAUCUCACCUGAGGCCCAAAUAAUUUGACGGAUCGCAGAGGAGCAAGACGUGAUCCGGAUUAACCUCAUUACGCAGACUUUGUUUUCUCUUCCAUCGAUAAUCCACACAAAUGCGAUCUUCCGUUGUAGGUCAUCAUCACCACGGUGGCACUCACCACCACAACUCGUCCGAUCGUCAGCAAGAACUACACCCCCAACAUCGAAACUAUAAUAACAAUAACAACAUGACGAAAUCGCGACAAAACGGUCCAACGACGGGGAGUGGUCACCAUAUUCAGCCCCACCGCUCCUCCUCCACCAACGGGUUGGCAGACAGCUUCAAUAAGCAUAACAAAGCAUACGACUCUCGAUACGACGAACUUGAAAGCCAGCAAUCAAAUCAAAAUAAUUUGGAGGCAAGGAGAGAGCUACGGGAGAAAAGAGAAAGAGAUUUCGUUCCUUCCUUUGUCCUCCUUGACGCCUGUAUCUCCAACAAUGAGAGAAAAGUGAGAGAAAUCUGUCGAAAACUUUCCACAUUGGACGACGACGACGUUGAACCUGUAAUCAAUUUCCAGGAUCAAGCUGGGAGGACCCCCUUGAGCUAUGCGUGCUGUGGAGGCAGCAUACCUGUGAUUGAAGAGUUGAGCCGCAUUCGCAACAUUGACGUGAACUUGGGAGAUAAUGAUGGCAACGUUCCACUUCAUUAUGCCGCCCAAGCUGGACAAUCCGAAGCUGUGGAUCUCCUAAUUGCUAGAUUUGGAACUAAAUUGGACUUGGAUUGCAGAAAUUCAACAGGUUUGACACCCCUUAUGAAAUCGGCCCUUCAAGGACGCACGCGUUGUGCUAAGAGCUUACUCUCUGCAGGAGCUUGCGCAAAUCUUAAAGAUUACAGUCGCGGUUUGACCGCCGCCGAAUGGGCGAGAUUAUGCGGAAGGUACAUUUGUGCUGAAGUAAUUACACGCAGUGCAAAAGAUGCUCAUCGACAUUCUGGAAGUUCCUUGAUGAACUUUUCCACCAUGAGCAAAGCACUACCGGGCAGUCGGAGCAAUAUGGAGCUCAAACGCAUAAGCUCGGACGAGUCUCCGUACUACCAUUUGUACGCACGUUCCACGAUAUCUGGAGCAACUUGGCUCAAGAACAAGAUCAGGAAGGCGUUGGGGGCGGGGAGCAGCCAGACGUGUAAUUCCCCCAUGAUGAGAAGAGCUCCGGCGAGGCCCCCCAUUUCCGACGGGAGUUACACGCUGAUGGGUGGGGCCACCAUUUGUGCCGGUUCGGUACUCCUUCCUUCAAUCAAACCACUAAUUGAGCAACAACGGGCCAGACAGUCCGUGGCCCAUAAAAAAUUCACCAUCCCCACCCUGCAAGUCACUCCCGUGAAAAGAUGAGGGCAAUGUGUAGUCUAAUUAUACUAUUUAUACCCUAAUCCUAUUUGUCAAGUUGAAUGCAUGUCUAAUUUUGUUCUGGCAUUAGGCUGUAGCCAAUUUAUUGGCCGUGAAUAUUUGAAGUAAUGCAAAUUAGAUUUCACUAGAUAUGAAUGCCAUCAAAUUAUGAAGAGAUUGGGAAAAGAAGGAUCAUAACUGUAAAUUAUUCAAUUCAAUUUUGUACAGAAUCUGAGUAACGCUUCAUACUUUGAGACCAUUUAUACAUUUUCACUGCACUUUCUCCAUUCAUUCUCCAACCAGGUUUAAGUAGGUUUAUAGUAUCUGUGUACGUACAAGUAUAUUAUUGAGACAAAUAUUCUAUUGAGCUUUUCAUGCACAUUCUAAACACCGUACCUAAGAGUGGUCUGAGACAAAUUCUAAAAACUACAAAUUAUAAAUUACUUAUGGAUAGACUGUAAAUAUCUGUAUAUAAUAUUUAAAGGUGUACAAAGUUUCGAAAUUUAUUAAAUAAAACAUGCGUACCUACAUAACCUGUUGACGUAUUGAUGUUUUGGGAAUAAAUCAAAAUUUGACAUUUAA